AUGGCUAGGAGGCGAGGAUCAAAGCGCACGAUCGAAGAGAGAGCGCUGGAUGAGGCAGCAUCACCACAUUCCCAACUCUGGACCUGCAUCAUGGAGCUUUGGGCCUGGGGCGUUCUGUCAAGCCCAAUUGUGCAAAAGCUGGCGCAAGCAGCCCGCCGGAGCGGCUGCUCUGCCCACGACAUCGACACGUUGGCGCAGCUAGGUGCCAGCGGUGCGCACGAAGGCAACUGCCACCGGGACUUACUGCGCGCGUACGCUGCCCGUUGCGUGACCCCGGCGCUAUCGCCGGUGACUUGCCCAACGAAGGUCAGAGCGCCGGAAGGCGCGGCAACGCUCGACACUCAGCAAGCAGUGCUGCCUGCUUCCCAAUGGAUCCGGCGCGUGUGUGAGCAUGGCUUGGACACAGCCUUGCUGGGCUCGGACGCAGAGCGCGCAAUCUUCUGGGCCGCCCAGAAGGACUCGCCUCGCGCAACGGGCGUAGGCUACUACCAUGUCCGUGACUUCUGCCCAGAAAAAACAAUACCGCUGCUACUUUUUGCCGACGGCGCGAGCCAUGCGGAGCACGAUUCCAUCGUGUCAGUGAGCUUCCGGAGCCUCUUGGCGCACCAGUGCGACAUCGCAGAGAGCAUGUUUCUCCGCCAUGCCCAAGCCUUGGUAGAAGAUCUCAAUCGUUUGGCCCACGGGCUGGACCACGACGGCUCCGCGCUGCCUCUCAGAGCUGUAGUGUGGGUUGUCUCUGGCGACUACGAGCAUAUGGCCAACGAGUAUGGCCUCCCGCACUGGACGAGCCUUGCCUGCUUCUGGUGCUCUGCGCCAAAGGAGCACUUCUUCGCCUUUGCUGACAUCCCAGCUUUGACGCGGUCGGCUGAAGACAUGCUGGACCAGGAUGCGCUGGACCAUCCACUCAAAGCUUUGACCAACUACUCUCCAUGCAUGUUUGCCAUCGACACCCUUCACUGCGUGGACCUCGGAGUGGCAGCCCACGUCUACGCCAACGUGUUCCAUGAGCUCACACAGGAGUGGCCAGAAACUAAGGCGGCCAGCCUGAGCAGACUCAACAAAGAGCUGCGGUCGCACUGCGUUGCAGUCGGGUCGCCCGCGCCGCCGCUGCUGCGAUACGAAAACUUCGCGCCACGGUCCGGCGAGUACCCGAAGUUGCGCCACAUGAAAGGUGCCGCAAUACGCCGCUUGGCGCCAGCUGUGCAAGCCCUUGCUGCCGCAUAUGGGCGCGGAAGCGCGCAUCGCAAAAGGAGGGCUCGCGUGGCCGCCUUGCUGCGCGCAAUCUAUGACUCGACUUCCUGCCGACUUGUCAUGCCAGCAGCCAAGCACGCGGAGUUUGCCCGCGUGCUGACGGAGUUCCUGGAAGAGUAUGCCAAGCUAGCCACCUCCUGCAGGGGUAACGGAUGGCACGUCGUCUUCAAGUUUCACAUGCUCAGGCACUUAGACGAACAGUCUAAGCACUUGAGCCCGCGGUUUGUGUGGACAUACCCAGGAGAAACUUUUAUGUCGUUCAUGUGCCAAAUCGCCAGCUCUUGCUCGCGGGGCACGCCUGGCCGACUGCUUGGCGUCAAAGUGCUGCAGAAGUACCGGGUCGCCCAGCAUCUCAUGCUAUCGCAGCAGAUCCCUACGCGCUCACGGUUUCCAGUCGAUGAACUCGACGAACUCGAAGAUUGA